CAGGAUGCGAGGGAGAGACGAGGAGGAGGAGGAAAAAAAGGCGAUUUAAAUUUAGUUUUGCUAUCUUAUCAAGUGCGACAAUAAAUCCCUAUCUACAAUACUCCAUAGUUGCACGCAAACUCACUCACACACAGAGGGAGAGGAACAUGCACAUGUAGUUGGUGAAAAGUAGUUUUUUUAUAUAUCUUUAAAUCUUCUAUCGCCAUCCCAAAAAAGAUGUGAGUUCAAUAUGGUUCCUUGCAGUGACCAAUGCGUAUGCAUCGGAGUCUCCAUCUGGACACUAUUGCAGACAGGAUUGCACAUCUGGUGGAUCGUAGCUGGGAGGAAGCUCUUCGCCACCGAUUUUCGCAUCCACCAGAAGGUGCAACUCUACUUUUACCUGACCUAUUUUUACAAUGACGCAAGGGACAUCGAACCGAUCGAGGAUUACCUCAAGAGUCGUAACUUUACCGGGCUCUUGCAGAACGAAAGGAACGAAACGUUGCUGGACGUCUUGCAUCUCGCGAACGCCGAUCUCACGGACAAGCUGAUGCUGCUCUACUUCAUCUUCGAUGCUCUCUGGAUAAUCACCUCCGUAUCAUUGCUGAUUGGGACUCUGAUGAGGAUGAAACAAUGGUCGGCCGUGUUCUUUUUCUCGCCGUGGAUCAUCAUCGAUUUCAUCUCGCUGAUCAUGGACGUUUUCUGCGCGAUCUACUUUAGUCUUCAAGUACCUAAAAUGAUUAGACACAAUUUGGGUGAAGAGGAGGAUACGUCGGUUAAAGAGAUGGACUCAACGUUCGAGCUUUCAACUGCUGUGAUCAUGGCUAUUAUGUCGGGCCGUUUGGGCGUGAUCUGGCUGAUCAAUCUGGUGCUUCUCUUCGUGGUCGGCAGAGCGACGUACCGGGCGUCCAAGAAACGGUACGCGGACGAGAUGCGUCGGAGGAAGAGAAAGAACAACUCGGAGGCGCGCAUCAGGAAUUGGCAGCUGUUCUACGGUCCCUUCGAAGACGCCAGAAGCGAACUGAACUACUCGAACACCUUCAAAGAGCUGGAGGAGUGCAACAGAAGCACCGGCAGCCGAACCGCAGGCGACGACUUCUGCUCCACGUUCAAAUCGAGUCCAUGCAACGGCGAUAAAGCGCGUCUCAACUCGGAACUAAGAGGACAACUGCCCUGGUCCUACCUCGAGGACAUCGGUGAUAAAACCAAGAAGCUGCAAUCGAAUGUACAAACAGCAGCCAGAGAAACGCACUUCUAAAACAAGACGAAAGAAUACUUUUAAACUUAUUUAUUACCAUUUUUAUAUAGAUAUUUUAAUUUUUAUUAUGAAUCCCAUAUGUAAAUCCCGAAAACAUGACGAAAUUGUGAUUCACUUGAAGCCGCCCUUUUUAUCAGAUAAUAAAAUUAUUUUGAUAUCA